AUGCCUCUUCACCUUCUCGGGAAGAAGUCAUGGAACGUCUAUAAUCCAGAAAAUAUCGCGCGCGUCCGAGGAGAUGAAGCGCAAGCCAAGGCGCAGGAGGAGGAAGAUGAGCGUCGUAUGCAAGAAGUCGACGCCGAGCGACGAAUCCAAAUACUCCGCGGUGAACGACCCCCCACCCCUCCGCCGCCGGAACAUACAUCGCGAACAGAAAGGCAAUCCCAUGCCGAUUACACGAGAGGUCAUAGAAAGCGGAGGCGCUUAGCUGGCGAGAACGAUACAGAUCGCGAUAUCAGGUUUGCUAGAGAGGACGCGGAGCUUGCGCUGGCGAAACGCGAUGAACUGAUACAUGCUCGAACAAGCAAACACGACGCGCCGCUCUACGAUAGCGAUGGACACAUCAACCUCUUUCCUGACGAACAGCCUCAUAAGCGUGCGGAGAAGAAUCCCGAGGCUGUAAAGGAGGUCGCGGAUAAGCAGCGGAGCUAUGAAGAUCAAUACACGAUGCGGUUUUCCAAUGCAGCCGGAUUCCGUCAAGAUGUCGGCAAGGACCCCUGGUACUCGUCUUCGCGUGGUGAUGGCUUAUAUCCUGAGGCGAUGCCUAAUAAAGAUGUCUGGGGUAAUGAGGAUCCUUUGAGGCAGGAAAGGGAGAAAGCACGCAUGGACCUCAACGAUCCUCUCGCGGCGAUGAAGAAAGGCAUCCUCUGCGGAGAAUGCCCGGUCGCACCGCCGUGGGAGGCAGUCCCAGUCGAGGGAUAG